CUUAAAUGAUCACAACCAGAUCACAACCCUUUGAUCACAACAAACAGCAACACUGACAGGUCUAUAUACAACCGAUAGUGUCGAAUGGGUGCUCCUGUUAAAAAGACUAUAGAGUUGUUUUACGACGUUAUAUCGCCGUAUUCGUGGCUUGCAUUUGAAAUAUUAGGGAGGUACAGAAAGAAAUGGAAUAUAGAUUUGCAAUACAAGCCGUUCUUCUUAGGUGGCAUAAUGCAUGGGUCAGAUAAUAAGCCUCCGGGCCUGAAUCCAAUGAAAGCAAUGUACAUGAUGCAGGACUUGGGAAAUAUGCGGGAUUACACCGGAGUGCCAAUCUCAACAUCCACACCGGCAUUCUUUGAACAAAGAUCGUUGACGGCACAACGGUUUUUGACAGUAGUGAAGGAGGAACAACCUGAGGACUUGGAAGAAGUAUCAAGACAGUUGUGGCUUAGAAUCUGGUCAAAGGGUGAAGACAUUACAGAACCAGAGAGUGUGCUUGAGGCAGCCAAAGCUUCUGGUAUUUCUGAGGAUGUUGCUAGAAACUUCAUGUCAAAGGUCAAAGAUCCAUCAGUUAAAGAGAAGUUGCAGACGGUAACUGGCAUUGCACUAGAAAGUGGCGCAUUUGGAUCUCCAUGGAUAUUGGCUCACGUCAACGGGGAGGUGAAGACGUUCUGGGGAGCUGAUCGCAUCCCUCUAUUAGCUCAUGUACUAGGUGAGAAAUGGGAAGGUCCACUGGCACCACAAUCAAGGUUAUAGUCUGUGUUUGCUGCCCUCUACAGAGAUUGAAUUUUGAAGACAUCACGUUAUCGAUAAAUAUAAUUCGGGAAAUGAUGACAACAUCAACUAUGACCUUUGAUUCAACAGGUUAAAGGACUGUAACUUUCAUUAGGAAAAUGAUAAUAAUAAUCCUGAUGUUGUUUGAUUAUUAUUUUAUGUUCAGAUGAUUUUGAACAUAAAGAUUUUUUGAAAAUUUUGUUAACAUCAUGAUCCAAUUUGCAAUAACUAAUUAAUUCAUUUGUAUGGUAUACAGGGGCGGCGCUAGCAGGUGGGGUGGGGGCAAAGGAUCCUCUUCGGGGAUCUCUGGCCUCCCCUAUCUUAGACCCCCUGUAGGGCAAUUUCCUGCAAGUACAUCAGGGAAAAAUGAAAUCUCGACCGCCUGCAAUUUAGGUAUGCACUAAGCUGUCAAAUUUUAGGGAUGUUUAGUGCAGCAGUUUGAGGUGUUGUAUACUCUUACGAUCAUAUGGGUUGCAGUGGCAGCGCUAGAUCUUCCCCAGGUGGUUAGUACCCCCGACAGCAGGGGCCCUCUUAACUUGAAUGGUUUUCUCUCAAAUUAUCCUUUUUAAAUAAAGAAUAGAGGGUGGUGUGGACACCUUAUCAAGGAGCUUGGACCACUCAUCAGGGAAUCCCUGGUGCCGCCUCUGAUAGUAUAUUGACAAUCAUGUAAUAAAAACGAAAAAGCUGAACUACAGUGUUUAUAUUUACAAAGAAAUAAACAAUAUAACAUUUACACAAACAAUAGUUAAAUAUCAUCAAAGUAACAAGCCCAGAAAGAAAUAAAUUAUUUAAGAAAAAACAAAUUCGUUUAACUUGAGUGAGAUUCUUGCGAAGUUGCGUAGAUGAGAAGAUAGAAAAUAAAAUAAAUAUAGAAUAAGAACCCAA